CGUCCAGCGAGCCGCACGCGAGGUGGAUUAUGUGCGCGUUUCGAGCCCACGAUUAAACGCACGAUCGGCGAAGAAUCGCGCGUGUCCCAUCGAAACAGUGACUUCAAUACGCUAAAUCAUCGAAACAUCGUUUGUCGAUGAGACGCCGCGAUCUUGCUCGGAAAGAAACCGUGCUGGAUCAAACACGGUAGAGGGGCGACGAAAAACACGAUCGAGUGUUUUAAGAAUGGCAUAGAAAAUCAAUCGAUCGGCAGCAUGUGCUAUGUGAUAGUCACUGGACGCAGCCUGCUAUGGACGCUCUUGUCUUUGGCAGCGUUAAUGGCAGUUUUAGCAGGCCUUAUCACCCCCAGAUGGCUUGUAGGACCACUGACAAUUAAGGACACAAAGAAUUACACGGAACUAUACACGCCAACCGUCGGGAUCUUCAAUCGUUGCACGAGAUUAUUCGGCAAGACGCACUGCGCGAAUUUCAACAUCGACGGCUUUGCGACGGACUCCAACGUCUUCCCGGGAUGCUGGAAGGCGUCCCUGUUCUUCUUGUCCGCGGGUCUGGCGGCAAUGUCGGUGACCGUGAUAGCCGCCCUGCUCGGAUGCUGCGUGCAGAGCAUCGGCCGCAAGAGCAUCUUCAAUCUGGCGGGAGUGGCGCAAGCCGUUGCCGGAAUACUGUAUCUUUUCGGGAUGAUCCUCUAUCCUGCUGGUUGGGGUGCCGAGAGAGUGCAGAGAAUCUGCGGUCCUGAAGCCGACGCCUUCUAUCUUGCUAACUGCAGUCUCGGUUGGGCGUUUUAUAGCGCGGCUAUCGGCGUCGCUCUCACCUUCGUCUGCGCCGCCUUUAGCGGACAGGCGGAGAAGUCGACGGCCAGCGACAAGGUCCAAGACAAAAUGAACGAAGGAAAGACCCUAAUAUGCUUAGCCUGAGCAUGCAAAUAAAAUCAGCGAGGGGUCCGGCCUCGCCGUAACGGGUGCCGCGGUGCGAAGCGUCGAAAUGGGAUACUCGAAGAAGACCAGUGCAACCAGAAAUAUUCACCUUGUUGUGUUCACCGCGCGGCAGAAACGAACGGAAACGAAAGUUUUGCUCGCGAAUGAAAUUGUUGCACUAUCCGAGUAAUUAAUUGCGGGCUCGGAAGGGAAAUGGACAUUUUGCUGAAUGUCAUACGUGACGCAUUGUACGCACGAAGAUUAAGUAUCGGAUGUACUUACCGUCUUCCCACACUUACCGCCGCAAUUUAUGACGCCUACGGUGUUCGCGGAGAAUUCCUAUUUUAUAUCUUAUACAUGUGUUUUUAUAUGUCAAAGAGAAAUAAACAGUAAAACGUG